AUGUUUCGGAAGAAGAAAAAGAAGAGGCCUGAGAUAUCAGCGCCCAAGAACUUUGAGCACCGUGUCCACACCUCGUUUGACGCCAAGCGUGGCUGCUUUGUGGGGCUGCCGACGCAAUGGCAAAGCCUGAUAGAGAACCUGCGCAGGCCCAAACCCAUGGUGGACCCUUCCAGGAUCACAGAGGUGGAGCUGAGGCCAAAAAAGACCAUCGUGCGUGGGAGUAUGAUCGGUCACGGGGACUACAUCGCAGCCAUGAUCAAUGAUAUGAGCCGUCUAUCUGUGACCAGUUCCAACUCUUUGAGGAAGAGCAGCCCCUCAGCCAGGAAGAGGGCCCAGUCUCUGGGAAGGCUGGGGGAGGUGAACGAGGGAGACACUUACCAAUACGAGGGCCUGACCCAGGAUGAUGAGGAUGACGAGGAUGCGGGUCAGGACCAGUGGAGGGACAAGGCCAGGAACAUCCACAGUGAGACCAAUACCCCUUACUUGGGCAUGAAGAAGAGCAUCACUCUGCAACCCAACGGGAUCUUGCCAAAGGCCAAGUCCACUUAUGAAGUAAGCGUCACCUCCCUGGAGGGACCCUCGCAGCCAGCUCAGCCCCAGAACAUCCCAGUGUCAAGUCAUGGGCCUUAUAUGAGCGGCGAGGUGGGCAGCCCUCAGGAGAGAGUGAUAUGGAAGAGAGAUUUCCAGCUGCCAAGGGGAAUGCCACCAAAUCAGAGACCUAUUGCUUGUUUCUACAGCCCAGCUAUGACUGUGCAGCAGCCCCAUGGAGAUCAAGGGAUGGUCACCUCGGAGCUCCGGCCCAACAUACCUAUGUACAUGCACCCACAGAACAGCCCUGGGAGGCCGUUCUCGUCCUAUGACCUGAAGGCAGAGUCGACAGUGAGGUACCACUCCGGCUUCCUGCCCACUGGCACCAGCAGUCCACUUGUGGGCGGCAUCAGACCCCAGCGGACAGUACGCUCCUCAGCUAGCUACACACUGGGCCUGUCUCCUAACAUGGGACUGAGGCCCAGUGGGCCGGAACCCUUCCUCAGACACUCUGGAUGCCCCAACCCUCCUUACCCCAGGCAGGACAGUCCUUCCCAACCUAGACCCUCCCCUACAGGCUCACUAGCUACCAGUCCCCCCGGCACCUGCUCACCUGCCUUUAGACCCCCACAACACCCGUCACCCAGGCCGCCCCCAGACCCACCCAAAGUGACCCAUGAACAGUUCAAAGCUGCCCUGCAGAUGGUGGUAGACAAGGGUGAUCCACGGUCUUAUCUGGAGAACUUUGUGAAGAUUGGGGAGGGCUCGACAGGGGUGGUGUGUAUUGCCACAGAGAAGCACAGCGGCAGGCAGGUAGCGGUGAAGAUGAUGGACCUGCGGCGGCAGCAAAGAAGGGAGUUGCUGUUUAAUGAGGUGGUAAUCAUGAGGGACUAUCAGCACAGAAACGUGGUGGAGAUGUUUAAGUCCGCUUUGGUGGAGGAGGAGCUGUGGGUUAUCAUGGAGUACCUGCAGGGUGGAGCACUAACCAACAUCGUGUCUGAAACCAGGCUGAGUGAGGAGCAGAUUGCCACAGUGUGUGAAGCUGUUUUGCAAGCCCUGGCCUAUCUCCAUUCACAGGGAGUCAUCCACAGAGAUAUCAAGAGUGACUCUAUACUACUCACGUUAGACGGAAGGGUCAAGCUUUCAGACUUUGGCUUCUGUGCCCAGAUCAGUAAGGACAUCCCUAAGAGGAAGUCUCUAGUGGGGACACCCUAUUGGAUGGCUCCUGAGGUCAUCUCCAAAUCACCAUAUGGCACUGAGGUGGAUGUGUGGUCAAUGGGUAUCAUGGUGGUGGAGAUGGUGGAUGGAGAGCCCCCAUACUUCAGUGAAACCCCUGUAGCAGCUAUGAAGAGGCUGAGGGACGAACCGGCUCCAACUGUACGGAAUGUCAGCCAGAUAUCCCCAGUUCUAAAAGACUUCCUGGACCGUAUGCUGACUCGGGACCCCUUAGAGCGGGCCAGCGCCACUGACCUGCUGGAGCACCCCUUCCUGCUGCAGAGCGGCUCACCUCAGUGCCUGGUCCCUCUGGUGGAACAGUACCGCAAACGCAUGUCCCGCUGCUGA